AUGGCUUCAAUCACUGUUCCCAUCACCAACACUGGCUCAGAUGAGCCCAUUCUGGACAAUGGUCAAGGUGUCAUUGAUCCCGAUGUCUACUUUCAAAUAAAUGAACCUCCUGCCGAUUUACCAGAGUUCGAAUCAAAAUUAAACGCGUUCGUUGACUAUCACAAGGAGCUUGGAAGCAAAGUUGUAUUCAUCACCAGUGGUGGAACUACAGUGCCUCUGGAAAACCAGACGGUUCGUUUUAUUGACAACUUUAGCAAUGGCACCCGUGGCGCUACUUCUGCCGAGUAUUUCUUGGAAGCAGGAUAUGCCGUGGUGUUCAUGCAUCGUCAAAACAGUAUUCAGCCUUACAACCGUCAUUAUACACACUCAAAUAUGGGAUUUUUGGACUAUCUAGAGCCCAAAGAAAAUGGCUCAGUGCAAGUUCUUGCACAAUAUGCUACCAAGAUGCAUAAACUUUUGACGAAAUACAACCAAGCCAAGGACAACAAUCGAAUCUUGAUGCUUGAUUUUGUUACACUUCCUGAAUAUUUAUUCAAGCUUCAAUUAGGAUCAAGAAUAUUAGCUCGUUUGGAGACAAGGGCCAUGUAUUACCUUGCUGCAGCUGUCAGCGAUUUCUUUAUUCCAUCACAAAAAAUGGCAGAGCACAAGAUUCAAUCCCGUGAUGGUGGUUUGACAUUGACCUUGGAUCAAGUGCCCAAAUUCUUGAAGCCACUCGUCAGUAACUGGGCAACCAAGGGGCUGAUUGUGUCAUUCAAGCUUGAAACCGAUAACAACUUGCUCGUUCCUAAAGCCAGACAAGCACUCACUCGCUAUGGCCAUCAGGUUGUCAUUGGCAACAUGCUCAAGACCCGCAAGCAAACAGUGACAUUUAUUACUCAACACAGUGAGAAAGUGCUAUCACUCACACCACAACAGAUGGAAAAUGGUAUUGAAAUUGAAAGUGAAAUCAUCCCCGAACUGGUGCGAAUUCAUCAAAACUGGAUCGACUCUGGCAAAACCGACUAG